AUGAAUCCCAUUAGCGGGCACUCCAUCAGGGAGUCGCGACGGGCUGGAAAGUGCGCGGUGGCAACGGUGUGGUGCGGAUUUAAAAACGGAUUUAUACGCGGAUUUCGACGCGGAUUUGAAUUGCAUCCGCGGGGCGCCGUGUGCGUUCGACGCGAACUGCGGCCGCCGCGCGAUGAUGUGCGAAAUCUGCGGCCGGCGGCUUUGCGACGGGCGGUGGUGUCCACUAAGAUAGAGCGCGUGGCGGGGCCGCUCGUAUAUUGCGUGCGAGCGCAACAUCCGCCGUCGGCACGGGGCCGCAAUGGAGCCGUGAUUGAGGCGCGCCCGCAAAAACGUCGGCCAACGAUCCGCCGGCGCCAAACCGCGGGCGCAAUUUGUUUGUGUGGCCGCGGAUUUACGACAGCGAGCGCUCGAUCUGGACGCCGGCCCGCGGAUUUUGCGAGCGCUCCGCUAGGCUGGAAAGCGAGUUCCGUUUGCGACUGUUACGAAACA